GUCGCAAACCUCCACCUGAGAUACCAACUUUCAAUCAUUUCAUCUCCCAACAACCACAAAUUUCAUUAGCCAUCUGUCAAGUUUCGAAGUUGCCUUCGCUAUUCUUUCCUUAACCCAAUUGACUUUAUCUUCUCAUUUGACACGCAUUCAGACCUGAUCCGCAAUGUCUGAAGCUACAGAGCAGACUGCGCCUGUCGUGGACGAGACGGCCAAGGCCAUCGAAGAGCCCCAAGUUUCCUCUGAGAAACCGACUGAGGAGAGGUCAGCCGAAGAGACUGCGACCCCAUCCGUUGAUACUCUCGGUCCCUCUGAUGCCCAGAAAGCUGCCGACCAAGCAGAGUCCACUACCAUCACCCCCCUCAUCGGCACCCCCAGCGUUGGCACCCCCAACACCGACUACCUCAUCGCGAACGAUCAAGAUCCCAACUCUAAGAAGGUUACCAUUGCCGACUUGUCAGCAAAGGGAUCUGCCCUGUAUGCCCACAAGAACUACGAGGAGGCCGCCGAGGUCUUCUCACGUGCCAGUGUUCUUCAAGCCGAAGUCAACGGCGAGACGUCACCUGAUAAUGCCGAGAUCCUUUUCCACUAUGGUCGCAGCUUGUUCAGAGUUGGCCAAAGCAAGAGUGAUGUCCUAGGAGGUCCUGCUGCUUCCGAGAAGAAGAAGAGCGCAGAGAGCAAGCCCAAGAAGCCUGCGCAGACUGAGGCACAGAAGGUGACGCAAGAAGGUGUCGGGAUUGUUGCCGAGCAGAAAGAGGGAGAGAAGAAGACCGAGGACAUGAAGGGAGAUAAGAAGCCCCUGUUCCAGUUUACUGGUGACGAGAACUUUGAUGAGUCGGACGAGGAAGAGGCCGAGGGCGAAGAUGAAGAAGGGGAAGAAGAUGAUGACCUGGCCACUGCUUUUGAGAUCCUCGACCUUGCCCGAGUCUGCUUCAUGAAGAAACUCGAGCUUCUCGAACAGGAGGAAUCCGAAACCAGCGGCAAAGGCAAGGAGGCUGCAGAGGGCGAUUCGCCUACCGUCCGGCACGUGAAGGAGCGUCUUGCAGACACUCACGAUGCCCUCGCUGAGAUUUCUCUCGAGAAUGAACGAUACCCCAAUGCCAUUGAAGACGGCAGAACCUCGCUCAAAUAUAAGCUGGAGCUGUACCCUGAGGAGUCGGAGAUCAUCGCUGAAGCCCACUUCAAGCUUUCGCUGGCGCUGGAAUUUGCUUCUGUGACAACUGCCGGUGACGAUGGCGCAAAUUCCAAGCGAGAGGAGAUGGACCAAGGUCUGCGAGAUGAAGCCGUCAAGGAAAUGGAGCUCGCCAUCAAGAGCUCAAAGCUCAAGCUUCAGAAUAAGGAAGUUGAGCUGGCCACUAUGGCCUCCCCCGAGGAUAACGAGCUAGCGCGCAAAUCCAUCCAGGAGAUGAAGGAAGUCAUUGGGGACAUGGAGCAGCGACUCGUCGAACUGCGCAAUGACCCCAUUGACGCCAAGGACAUUCUGGGUGCUGAUGCUGGACCCAUCGGUGGCAUUCUUGGAGCUGCCCUUGGCGAGUCUGCUGCCGAGACCAAGGCCCGUGUUGAUGAGGCUAAAAAGACAGCAACUGAUCUUAGUGGACUUGUCCGCAAGAAGAACAAAGACGAAUCUGCCGAGGAACCUGAAGCUGCACGCGUGCCUGAAGCGGAGACUAACGGCAAGCGAAAGGCAGAAGACCCUGCUGAAGAUACCGAGACCAAGAAGGCCAAGGUGGAAGCUUAGGGUCGAGGUCAAUGGUACUAGUUGGCUAUUGUUUCAGCGGGAAAAAUAACACAGGAUGGAGUUCAGGGCAUUGUCAUAUUGCGACAGAAGGAAAGGAACGAAAAGGAUGGGAUUUUGAAGCAGCCAAAUGUUACUCUGAGUAUAUGGCAAAAUGCAAAACUACAGCUCUUUGAUGUACGAUUAAUUACGCGGGAUUCUCGGCAUAAUGUACGGAUUUAACAGGAAAGGUGUGAG